AUGGAGAUGCUCUCCUCCAGUCGCACCUGGAUCGGCGUCGUCGUAGCCGUGGCGGGUAACGUGACCAUCAGUCUGGCGCUCAACUGCCAGAAACUCGCGCAUACUCGGCUGCAAAGAAAGCAACAUGGACAAUCAGACCAUAACGGGGACACCCAGGAGCACGACGAUACCCACGCAGAACGACAGGAUAGCACCGACAGACGGCGAUCGACGACAGGCCAAGGUGCUUCCGCAAGCGCUGUUGUCGCCAAGCAAAAUGGACAAUCUGAUACACAAACCAACGGACACAAGUCUAACGGCAACAGCAGUGGCAAUGGCAUGGACACCAUGUUUCUUCACAGCAAACUAUGGUGGCUUGGCCUGGCGCUCAUGACCAUCGGCGAAGGCGGCAACUUUAUCUCUUACGGUUUCGCCCCCGCCUCGCUCGUCGCACCCCUCGGCGCCGUCGCCCUCCUCUCCAACGUAAUCAUCUCCCCCAUCCUCCUUCACGAACGUUUCCGAGCCUCUGAUGUCGGCGGAAUUUUCCUCGCCAUCAUCGGCGCCGUCACCGUCGUCUUCUCCUCCAAACAAAACGACCCCCGCCUCAACCCCUCCCAGCUUCUCACCGCCAUCAAAAGGCUCGAGUUCCUCAUCUACACCGCCAUAUCGAGCUCCUCCGGCUGUCUCCUCGCCUUCCUCUCCACCACCUCUCUGGGUGAUAGGUGGGUGCUGAUCGAUGUCGGAACGUGUGCGAUCUUUGGCGGGUUCACGGUUCUCUCAACCAAAGGCAUUUCUUCGCUCAUCUCGGGUGGCCAACCGAUCGAGGCGCUCAAGUUCCCCAUCACGUAUGGUCUGGUGGUGGUGUUGGCAGUGACAGCGGUGAUCCAGAUCACCUAUCUGAACAGGGCGCUGCAGAGGUUUGACAGUAGGGAGGUGAUUCCGACUCAAUUCGUGUUUUUCACGAUUUCGGCCAUCGUGGGCUCAGCGAUUCUGUACAGGGAUUUCGAGAACAUGGACGCUCAUAGGUUGAUCAACUUCCUAUUUGGAUGUUUGACGACGUUUGCUGGCGUGUUCGUUUUGACUUGGAGACGGGAGGAUCAAUCGCAGGAGGAGGGAGACGAGACGUUUGAGGAGCAGCACGAGGAAGAGGAGGAGGAGGUCGGUGAACAAGAACCUCUGCUUGGGGAUGGACGUGAUGGAUCGUCACCGAAGGGUAAACCUAAACGGAUCGACUUUCUCGAACCGCCGUUCGACCGACCCAGCAACGCCCUCCGCGUCCCUAGCGCGACGAAAUCCAGCCCCGGUCGACGUCCCCGAUCACGCACCAAUUCGCCCUCGAAAGCAACUUCGCUCCAUCUCUCCGGCUCCUUCGACCGAUCAUCGGGUCUAUCCAGAUCCGCCUCGAAUCAAUACUCUUCGUCUUCGAGGACUCCCAAAUUGAGUCUGAUGGGAAUGGACCGACCAACAGGUCUAAGUUCGGGUCACUAUCUGUUGCUAGCUACUCCACCACCGAACUUCACGCUGCAGAAUGUAAACCCGACCGUCGCCGGCGGAGCAGGUAGGACCGGGUCGGGUAGGCAGGGUCAAUACGGUGCGGUGGGGAAGAGCAAUCCCGGUGCACUGCUGCCGUUUCCCGUGACCACGCCAGGCAACCAGGCAGGUGGUAGUGGUACCAGCGGCAGACGCGGUCAGCAGACAGAGCAGAUUCAUGACCCGGACACAAGCACUCCAGCGACGUCAAACCCCACAGCAGCACAGACCAUCGUCUCACCCGUAGCCGAGACUUCGACCCCGUCACAGGAUACCUCGGCAGAGUUGACUUCCAGGCUGGCCGAUCAAGUGGCUAAUCCCUGA